CCCGAGUCUCGAACUAAAACCAAGCGAUACCCACCGGUCUCAUGGUCUCCUCUAAUGUUCCUCUCUCCCAGACCCACAUCAGUUCUUCGCUUUCUCGUCUCUCCGCCUUCAAUAUCCACCAGCUCUCUCAGAUGGGUCUCCGCCAAAACCCCCCAAAUCUCUCCCCAGCUCACUCAUUUACUAUUCAAUGCCCAAACGGACCUCAAACAUUACGAUCACGAGCUCGCUUUGGUAUCAGCACUUAAAUCUUGCGCGACCCAUCUGGAUGUCUCUCAGGGUCAACAAGUGCACUGCUUUGUUUUAAAGUCCGGCAGCGAUUCCAACAUUUUUGUACAGAACAGUUUGAUCAAUAUGUAUGUUAAAUGCGGGUUCAUGUCUGAUGCACGGAACGUGUUUGAUUCUUGUUCUAAGUUGGAUACUGCCUCUUACAAUAUUAUGAUUGGUGGGUAUGCGAGAUCGGGUAGAUUGGAUGAUUCACGUUGGUUGUUUAAAGUAAUGCCUGAUAGAGGAUGCGUCUCCUACACUACCAUGAUAAUUGGUCUUGUACAAAAUGACUGCUGGAUGGAGGCAAUUGAGGUUUUUAAGAAUAUGAGAAUUAUGGGGGUAGCCCCAAAUGAGGUUACACUGGUGAAUGUGAUCUCCGCUUGCUCACCUUUGGGUGGGAUUUGGGAUUGCAGAAUGCUGCAUGGAUUGGUAACUAAGUUGCAGCUUGAAGGGUUGGUUCUCAUUUCGACGAAUUUGUUGCAUAUGUACUGUAUUUGUUCGAGUUUGGGGGAUGCAAGAAGGUUGUUUGAUGAGAUGCCCGAGAGGAAUAUAGUUUCGUGGAAUGUCAUGUUAAAUGGGUAUUCAAAGGCAGGGCUUGUUGAUUUUGCUAGAGAGGUAUUUGAGACGAUUCCUAAUAAAGAUGUGGUUUCUUGGGGUACGAUGAUUAAUGGGUACUGCCAAAUAGAAUGGUUAAGUGAAGCUAUGGUGAUGUAUCGUGCACUGCUACAAAGUGACCUGAGGCCUAAUGAAAUUAUGAUUGUUGAUUUAGUUUCAGCUUGUAGUAAAGCAACAGCUAUAGGCGAAGGUCUGCAAUUUCAUUGUGUGGCUGUUAAAGUUGGCUUUGAGUACAGUGGUUUUAUACAGGCAACAGUCAUCCACUUUUAUGCUUCUUGUGGCAGGAUCAAGGAUUCUUGUUUACAGUUUGAAGUCGGCAUUAAAGACCAUGUUGCAUCUUCGAAUGCCCUUAUAGCAGGGUUUAUUAGAAACGGAAUGAUUGAUGACGCGAGGGAAAUGUUCAAUGAGAUGCCAGAAAGAGAUGUUUUUGCUUGGAGUUCAAUGAUUGCUGGUUAUGCACAGAGUGAGCAGCCCAAUUUGGCUCUUGAACUCUUCCAUGAAAUGGUAGCUAGUGGAGUCCAACCAAAUGAAAUCACUAUGGUGAGCGUAUUCUCUGCAAUUUCCUCUUUAGGCACAUUGAAAGAAGGAAGAUGGGCGCAUGAGUACGUGCAUAAUAACUCCAUUCCCCUAACUGACAAUUUAAGUGCUGCAAUCAUUGACAUGUAUGCCAAAUGCGGGAGUAUCAAUACAGCCGUGGAAUUUUUCUAUCAGAUCCGGGAGAAGGCUGGGAAUGUCUCGCCAUGGAAUGCAGUUAUAUGCGGGCUGGCUGUGCACGGACAUGCAAAUUUGUCACUGAAUGUAUUUUCUGAUUUGCAAAAACGGUCCAUGAAACUCAAUGCAAUCACAUUCAUCGGAGUCCUCACUGCUUGUUGCCAUGCAGGGCUGGUGAAUCUAGGGGAAAAAUAUUUUAGGAGCAUGAAGAGUGAACAUAAUAUAGAUCCAGACAUCAAGCAUUAUGGCUGCAUGGUGGAUCUUCUGGGCAGAGCUGGGCGACUACAAGAAGCUGAGGAAAUGAUAGAGAGCAUGCCCAUGAAGGCAGAUGUUGUGAUAUGGGGCACAUUGUUGGCUGCAUGCAGAACUCAUGCGAACGUUGAUGUAGGAGAAAAGGCUGCAGAGAAUCUAGCAAGGUUGGAACCAUCUCAUGGAGCCAGUCGAGUUCUUUUAUCCAACAUAUAUGCAGAUGCAGGAAGAUGGGAUGAUGCACGUUUAGUAAGGAGCAAUAUGCAGAGUAAUAGAAUGAAGAGAUUGCCUGGCUUCAGUGGAGUUGUAUGAUACAUCGGCAAGGUUAUUCUAAAAACCUGAAUUUUUCAGUUGACAGGAUGAAGAACAGUCGGCUCAACUUCCAUUUGAUAAAUUAUUGAAAUGAGUUCAGAAAGGGUCUCUAUAUCUUAUAAAUGGCAACAGUGGGGCUCCGCAUACUGCAUUGACUUCUACUGCAGAAACCGUCAACCCCACAA